UUUCUCGCCUCUCCUCUCUUUUUCUCUCUCAACAGUGGAGUGGCUGGUGCUGCGGGUGGCUGGCCAAUAGGGGGGAGAGAGAUGGGGAGGGAGCUAGGGGGAGGAGGAGGAGCGCGCUGUUGCUCCAUGGCCUCUUCUCCUCAGCGCCUGUUCCCGCUCCUCGCCUGGCUUUGCAGUGUGGCGGUGGCGGGGGCAACAGACACGCUGCGGCAGGGGGAGUCGCUGUCGGGGGCGGCGACGCUGGUGUCCUCGCCGUCUGGGGUGUUCGAGGUGGGCUUCUUCGCGCCGGACACCAACCUGCCCUCCCGCCUCUACCUCGGCAUCUGGUACCGCGUCAUCUCGCCGAGGACCGUCGUCUGGGUCGCCAACCGCGCCGCGGCGGCCACCUCGGCCUCCCCGUCGCUCACGCUCACCGACACCGGCGAGCUCCGCGUCCUCGACGGCGCGGCGAAUGGCACUGCCACGCCGGCGCCGCUGCUCUGGUCCUCCAACACCUCCUCGCGCGCCUCCGUGCCGCGGGGCAGCUACUCCGCGGCCAUCCAGGACUCCGGCAGCCUCCAGGUGCGUGGCGAGGACGGCGUGUUGUGGGACAGCUUCUGGCACCCCACGGACACCAUGCUGUCCGGGAUGCGCAUCCCCGUGUUCGCGCCCGGGAGGGGCCCCGUGGAGCGGUUUCUGUUCACGUCGUGGGCCAGCGAGACGGACCCCUCGCCGGGGCGCUACGCACUCGGCCUCGACCCGCACAACUCCGGCCAGGCCUACAUCUGGAAAGACGGCAAUGUCAUCAUCUGGAGGUCAGGACAAUGGACUGGGCAGAAUUUUGUAGGCAUUCCAUGGAGGCCACUCUACAUGUAUGGGUACAAACCGGCAAAUGAUCCAGUCUUAGGACAAUAUUACACUUACACUGCAACAAACACAUCUCUGCAGAGGUUUGUUGUUGUGCCAAAUGGCACAGACGUCUGCUACAUGGUUAAGAAGUCCUCACAAAAGUGGGAGACUGUCUGGAUGCAACCAUCAAAUGAGUGCGAAUACUAUGCCACAUGUGGUGCGAAUGCAAAAUGUACUGUGGUGCAAGAUGGCAAGGCAAAAUGCACGUGUCUGAAAGGUUUUCAGCCGAAAUUGUUGGAUCGGUGGAAUGCAGGAAACUGGAGUCAAGGUUGUAUCAGGAGCCCGCCUUUGGGUUGUCAGGUCAACCAAUCUGGGGAUGGAUUUCUUGCUAUUGGAAACGUGAAGUGGCCUGAUUUCUCAUAUUGGGUGUCCACUGUGGCAGAUGAGACAGGGUGCAGGACUGCCUGCCAGAACAACUGCUCAUGUGGUGCCUAUGUUUACUUGACUACAAUAGGGUGUCUAGCCUGGGGUAACGAACUAAUCGAUAUCUACGAGUUGCCGAGUGGGGGAUAUAACCUAAACCUCAAGCUUCCUGCUUCUGAGUUAAGAGAACAUCAUGCAAUUUGGAAAAUAGCCACAAUAGUAUCUGUCGUGGUGCUAUUUGUUUUGGUAGCUUGCCUUGUUCUCUGGUGGCAGCGUGGCAGAAAUAUUAAAGCAGAUGCAGUGCACAGAAGUUGGAGGUCAAGACAUUCAUCUACCCAGUCCCAGCAGACUAGUGGUAUGCUGGAUAUCUCACAGUCGAUUCGUUUUAAUGAUGAAGUGGAGGACGGGAAAAGUCAUGAACUCAAAGUAUACUCCCUGGACCGCAUAAGAGCUGCCACAUGUAAUUUUUGUGACUCUAACAAGCUUGGAGCAGGAGGAUUUGGUCCUGUCUAUAUGGGAAAAUUACCUGGGGGAGAAGAAGUAGCGGUGAAGAGGCUUUGUAGGAAUUCAGGUCAAGGCCUUGAGGAAUUCAAGAAUGAGGUCUUACUUAUUGCAAAGUUGCAGCACCGCAAUCUUGUAAGACUUCUAGGAUGCUGCAUACAGGGAGAAGAGAAGAUCUUGGUGUAUGAGUACAUGCCUAACAAAAGUCUAGAUGCAUUCCUCUUUAAUCCUGAAAAGCAAGGGCUUCUAGACUGGAAAAAGCGGUUUGAUAUAAUUGAAGGUAUCGCUAGAGGGUUGCUAUAUCUCCACCGGGACUCGAGGCUACGUGUUGUUCACCGUGAUCUCAAGGCCAGCAACAUUCUCCUGGACGCAGAUAUGAACCCCAAGAUAUCAGAUUUUGGGAUGGCAAGGAUGUUUGGUGGGGACCAAAACCAAUUCAACACAAAUCGUGUCGUCGGAACAUUUGGCUACAUGUCUCCUGAAUACGCAAUGGAAGGCAUUUUCUCAGUCAAGUCUGACAUUUACAGCUUUGGAGUCCUGAUCCUGGAGAUCAUCACAGGAAAGAGGGCUGUGAGCUUCCAUGGUCAACAGGACUCCCUGAACAUUGGUGGAUAUGCAUGGCGACAAUGGAACGAAGAUAAGGGUGAGGAACUGAUCGAUCCAAUGAUAAGAGCAUCAUGCUUAAUUCGACAAGUCUUGAGAUGCAUCCACAUUGCACUGUUGUGCGUGCAAGAUCAUGCUGAUGAGCGUCCCGACAUCCCCACUGUCAUCCUUAUGUUGAGCAGCGACAGCUCAAGGCUUCCCAAUCCGAGGCCACCUACUCUGAUGCUUCGAGGCCGUGAUGUUGAGACGAGCAAAUCAAGUGAGAAUGAACAGAGCCACUCCAUAGGCACUGUGUCAAUGACGCAGUUGCAUGGAAGAUAGGAUAGCAAGAACAAUAUAUCGGAAUUAUGGUAUCUUUGUGCUCCCCCCCCCCCCCUCCCUCUUUCUGAUGUUAAUAAAGCGUUGUUUUGUGUAGAUUAGUCAUUGUUUUUCUUCCUGUUUUGUAUGAAAAAUUCAUUGAGUCAUACCUAGUGACAAUGUGACAUUUAUUUUUCCAAAAGAAAAAUUGUGCAGGUGAU